UGAGAACUUAUCAAAAAUCCCUAUUCUAACAAAAAGUCUCCAGUACAGCCAAUAGCGCAAACAGAAAAAAACUAGAGAAGAGUCUUAUAACCUCAAAAAUACACCGCUUCGAAAUACGAAAGAAGUACUUUACAGCUUCAAAAGAAUAGGCUUGUGAACACUUGUGAAUAUACAGUAUUAAGAAGCAUGGAUGUCCAACGGCAUUCCGUACACACGCUAGUGUUUAGGUCCUUGAAAAGAACUCACGAUAUGUUUUUAUUAAAUCAAGGAGCCCUACCUCCAGAAGAUCCCAUUUUGCAGCAAAUGAAGAAGAUUAUAAAAGCAAAAGACUGUUAUGGCCCAGUAUUAGAUCGUGUUAAGCAAAAUAACAUAGCCAAAGUGCAGGAAGAGAAUGAUACUGCGGAUCCUCCACCACCAGGAGAUGAAACCUUUGGAGUUAAUACUACCUCAGCAGUUGUUCCUUACAAUAUUACAAAGGGAAGCACAAGUGUAGUAUCGAUAAGUGCAGGAAGCAAUAUAGGCAGUGGUGCACUCACAAUGCCACAAAAGAAAACGCCCUCAAUGGCAAAACCUAAGUGGCACGCGCCAUGGAAAUUGUAUAGAGUUAUCAGUGGUCAUCUGGGAUGGGUGAGAUGCUGCGCUGUGGAGCCUGGAAACGAGUGGUUUGCCACGGGCUCAGCUGACAGAGUAAUCAAAAUAUGGGAUCUGGCGACUGGCAAGUUGAAGGUUUCUCUAACUGGUCACAUAAGCUCUGUUCGCGGUCUUGCGUUCUCACAGAGGCAUCCUUAUCUGUUCUCUUGUGGGGAGGAUCGACAGGUCAAGUGCUGGGAUCUGGAAUAUAACAAGGUGAUCAGACACUACCAUGGUCACUUGUCAGCAGUGUAUUCCAUGGCGUUGCAUCCCACCAUAGACGUACUGGUAACAGCGGGACGAGACUCCACUGGAAGAGUGUGGGACAUGCGUACCAAAGCGAACGUCCACACGCUCGUCGGACACACCAACACGGUAGCCAGCGUAAUCUGCCAGUCCGCCGAGCCACAGAUCGUCACCGGCAGUCACGAUUGCACAAUUCGCCUGUGGGACCUGGCCGCUGGCAAAUCCAGGGCCACUCUGACGAAUCACAAGAAGAGCGUACGCGCCCUGACGUUCCAUCCGUCUCUGUAUAUGUUCGCCUCGGCUUCGCCAGACAAUAUCAAACAGUGGAAGUGCCCAGAAGGAAAGUUUAUUCAGAACUUGUCAGGCCACAACGCUAUAGUUAACUGCCUGGCAGUAAAUGCCGACGGGGUACUGGUCUCCGGUGCUGACAACGGUACCAUGCAUCUCUGGGACUGGCGAACCGGAUAUAAUUUCCAGCGGCUCCAGGCGCCGGUACAGCCCGGUUCGAUGGACAGCGAGGCUGGGGUGUUCAGCAUCACAUUUGACAUGUCGGGCACUCGCAUGAUUACGACAGAGGCCGAUAAGACUAUUAAAGUAUAUAAGGAAGAUGAUACUGCUACCGAAGAAACGCAUCCAGUUGACUGGCGACCCGACAUAAUAAAGCGAAGAAAAUACUAAACUCUAACUUAUUCCCAUGUAUAUAUAUAUAUUGAUCUAAUUAAUUUAAUGCGACUAAGCGUAAUGUGGUCAAAAAGUAUUUUUUAUAUAAGAUGAUUUCGCUUUGAUUUCCAGAUUAUAAUGGAUAAAACUAUCAAAGCUGCAAUAAAAAAAUUCUACCGAGA